AUGGCUACAGCGUUUUUCGAAGCUAAAGCUAAAGGCAUGCCGACCGAGUCGCGGAAGCGGCCGCUUGAGGCCGACCAACAAACUGCGAGCGCGAGCACAAAGCGUCCGAAGUUGAUGUCGCCCUACACUAUUCUGUUCGCUGAGAGACCUGGGUCCUCACCACACCAUUCAUUCAUGGAGACCACCGAUGCUUUGGCCAAGGCGGGCUUGCGCCGAAGCAUCGCUCUGGUCCUGCAGAAAGUCGGUUUCGACACUGCUACGCCCGAGGCCUUUGAGAGCUUUGUAUUGAUGGCAGAAGAAUAUUUGACUUCUAUGAUUGAAGACGUCAAGCACUUCACCAACGCAGCACGCCGCUCCUAUCCUAUCCCGACCGACUUUGAGCAGACCCUGAAGCGCUUCAACUUGACUACAUCGGCGCUAAAGCCACACAAGAAACCACCCAUUCCGAGAUCCAAGAGGAUACCUGUUUACGAGUCGUUACCGGGAGAAGAUGGCAUCGUUCCUGACUUACCCAUCCUUGGCCCAGAGCUGGAUGGCGCGAAGGAUAAAGCUUCAAAACCGUACAUCCCCGCCUCUUUCCCCGCAUUCCCGAGUAUACACACAUACAAGUACACCCCCGAAAGCGUCGACGCCGUUACCGUGUCUGACGACUGGGGAAUAUUCGAUCCAGACGCGCCGUUGGAGCCCAUCGAAGGCUCACCGGUACCGCAACCACAGAGACCGCUUGCGGCUGAAGAAAUUCCGCAUGGCGACCCCAAGAAGAUUCGGGAGGCAGCAGCAAAGGAGGCUAAAGCAGGUGAAGAGGCACUUAGAAGACUUAUGCGUGCUUCAAAAGUCGCAAAACAGAAAGAGAUUCGAUCGGCUGCGCAGAGGCAGGCUGCGCGCCGGGACCGCUACAACUUGUGGGAGAUGGCAAUGAAAGAAAUGUUAGAGGAUGGAACCAAGGGGAAGCGUCGUGAAGGGGGCAUGAUCUGUAGCCUUGUCAACGGCGACAAGAAUAGGGUCGAGAUCGCCGACCACAGCAUGAUUGUCUCUACGGAGAAAGCAUACUGCCGCAAAGAGGUGCCUCGCCCCGGUGUUAGAAAGGCUGUGGGCAACGCAGCUGGGAAGCAUUGA